AUGAAGAUUAGGGUUUUGAAACUUCAGAAAGCAGCAUUGGUGUGUUUCAGGAAUAUUAUUCUCCUUGGUGUUGGAGAUGUUGGUAUAUCGGUGUCAUCAAGUGCGUUUGAGCUUUUGCUGCAGAAUCUUCACCAUUUGUCGGACUCCGGUCCUGAUGAGAAUGCUGCUAUUUAUAAUACGGUUGCUACAAUUGAGAAUUUGAUUGAGGUGCAACCUGUUGUAGCGGAGUUGGUUUGCGAGAAGACGAAGUUGUUGGGAAGAUUAAGGUGGGGGAGUUUGAUGGGAAUAAGAAAUAUGCGUCAGAGAUUUUGGCGAUUUAGCUGCAGAGUAGUUCUGUGA